UGCGAAGGGUGAUCGGAAUCAUAACAAAGUAGCGAACAGGGAGCAGAUACGCGAGUGCAGUGGUGUUUUUGUUGCGAUUUCUGUUAAUUUUUGAGGCUUUUGUGACACAUUUGUGCAUGUAACAAGUAGGCGUUGUAAUGUUAAAGGCUUGCGUUAUAUCGGACGUUGUCUGCGUGGAAGCAGAACGGGACAAUCCCGUUUUGUUAAACUUCCAAAACGCCGAAAUGGGCUACAAGGACGACAACCAGAUCCAGUGCUUCCGAGCGGUAGAUACCGGCCGAGCAAAUGACGACGAUGAUGCUGUCGACCCCGACCGGCAGCGGCAUUCUCGCAUGGCCGUGGUCAUCUCCGAGCAGCAGGCCUACCGUGGUUAUCUGGGCGAGGGACUACCAACGGAUCAGCUAAACACGUACGUCGCGAUUCGCAACAAGAAAACCGGUAAAAUGCGACUGAUCCAGCUGGAGGAAUGUACGAUGAUUAACUCCUGCUACGAUGAUAAUCGGAACAAGUUCGCCGACCUCGGUGCGGAUAAAGGUCAGACUGCUAUACGGCAGUUUGGUGGCAAGCAUGCGCUUCGAGUGCUGGACCGGAUGGCCCGGUCCGGAAGCAACAUCGAUGUUAUGAACGAAACUAUUGAGGAGUCGGUGCAAAAGUUUGACGACGAACAGUUCACCGAGGAUAACGAGUUUACCAAGAACAAGCUGGAAGGGGAACUGAUUUUGGCCAGUAUGAAACCACCGAGGAAUCCAGCAGCGGUAACUCCUGAUGAGCUAUACCGUCUAGAGGAUAUGAUUUCGGAACCAGUGCUGAAGGAGCUGAAUACUGUCUCGCUGGAGUUGUUGCAGAAGGAUCCGGCAUCGCUGCAGCUGGCAACUGUAUACCUCACAAAUAAGGUUAAAGCGGCACUUCAAUGCAAAGAACCCGACUCGGUGGAGAACAUACGCACGAUCGUAAUUUGCCUAGUGAUGGAUGCGCUAAGUCAGCUUUUAGACAAGCACAAUCGUUCUUUGAAAAACUUGCAGCUGUCCGCCUUCAGCAAGCAACUGAAUCGGGAGAUAAAGAGUAACUUUUCGCAAAUCAAUCACCACAAACAGUUGAAAACCAAGUACACGGAGCACAAAGCUCUGACUUACUAUUUGGCGCUGGCUUUCGCGCUGGAAGGGUGUGUGCUGAAUGUGGAUCAAAUUCAUACCGGAUUGGGCAUUCCUCGGAACGAUCUGUUGAAGUUUGCGGCCUUCAUCGGCGGGACGUACAAUUCGGCGAAAAAUACGUUGACGCUGCGGAUGGGUGGAGGAGACGGUAGCUUCUCGGGUGGACGAUCGUUUCUUGGGAAGAGGCGGUUUGGUAGGAAGAAAUAGGGACGUUGGGGGGAUGUGGUGAGUUUUUGAUGUUCGUUCGAAAAUUAAUAAAAAUGAUUUGAAGAGAA